AUGGACCAUGGCGCUGCUUACAAAGGACUGGGGGUAUCUCGAGCUCGACAUACUCGCAAAGCUCCACCAGGAACUGUACUUGCCCUGAAACCAAGUCAGGCAUUGCAGAUCAAACCAGGCACAACUGUCGCGGAGGCAGCACAGCUGAUGGCCGCGAAGAGAGAAGAUUGCGUUCUUGUCACAGACGACGACGAGAGGAUUGCUGGGAUUUUCACGGCAAAGGAUUUGGCUUUUCGCGUAGUCGGUGCUGGAAUAAAAGCGCGUGAAGUCAAUAUCUCAGAGAUCAUGACGAAGAACCCGAUGUGCGCGAGAACAGAUACUAGUGCAACAGAUGCUUUGGAUCUCAUGGUAAGAAAAGGCUUCCGGCAUUUACCUGUAAUGGACGAGAAUCAGGACAUCUCGGGAAUACUGGAUAUCACCAAAUGCUUCUACGAUGCAAUGGAAAAACUUGAACGAGCUUACAGCUCCUCGAGGAAACUAUAUGACGCUCUCGAGGGUGUUCAGUCAGAACUUGGCUCAAGUCAACCGCAACAAAUCAUACAAUAUGUCGAAGCUUUGAGGCAGAAAAUGUCAGGUCCUACCCUAGAAUCUGUCCUGAAUGGAAUGCCACCGACUACAGUGUCUGUCCGUACUACGGUAAAGGAGGCUGCUAUGCUUAUGAAAGAGAAUCACACAACUGCCGUCCUGGUGCAAGAUCAGGGAUCUAUUACAGGUAUCUUCACAAGUAAAGAUGUCGUUCUUCGGGUUAUUGCACCAGGUCUAGAUCCAGCAAACUGCAGCGUUGUGAGGGUCAUGACUCCACAUCCAGACUUCGCUCCCAUAGACAUGAGCAUACAGGCUGCACUUCGGAAAAUGCAUGAUGGGCAUUAUCUCAACCUCCCUGUCAUGAAUGAACCUGGUGAAAUUGUUGGUAUGGUCGACGUCCUUAAGUUGACAUAUUCAACUCUGGAGCAAAUAAAUUCAAUGUCGACUGGAGACAAUGAAGGUCCGGCUUGGGGCAAAUUUUGGUUAUCGCUUGAUAAUGACUCUGAAUCAUUCGUUUCGGAAGGUGGAAGUCACCGUCCUCACACCCCAGGUCAUAGAUCUGGCAUGAUAUCGCCAAUGCCUGAUCGACCGGCUGUUGAUCGCGUUGAUAGUGUUCAACCCCAUGAGUCGGCUUCACACCAUGGUGAUGAGUCGAGAUCCGAGAGCCCGGAAGUGUCAUCUCCAAUGAUCACAGAAACCCCAUUCCCUUUCAAAUUCAAGGCCCCAAGUGGACGUGUGCACAAGCUCCAAGUUACUCCAACAUUGGGCAUCGAAGAUCUUGUUGCCAACGUCAUAGCGAAAUUGGGCAACGAGGUUGAGGCCGUUGGUGGCGAAGCCAAAGUUGAUGACGGUAGACUCCUACCUUCGGGCUUUGCAAUGAGCUACCUUGACAAUGAAGGGGACUCUGUAUCCAUCACGGUGGACAGAGAUGUCGUGGACGCAAUUACGCUAUCCAGACGGCAUCAUCGGGAGAAAGUGGACCUCUUCAUACAUCAUCCUGACAAACCUCCUAUGUCUGCUACGCUAGACCCUCACCCAGGCAUUACCAAACCUCCAACGCCGCCUCCAUCGUCAACUUUGAAGAGCCGAAGAAAGCAUCUGGAGGAAUCUGAGGACGAUAUGGCAACGCCCGUCAAGAAGCGGCAGCAACCUGCGAGCCAAGCCAAGCAGCCAGAGCAGGUCAUUGCUGGAGUUCCGAAUGAACUGCUUUUACCAGGUGCAAUCGCAGCACUGGCAGUCGUGAUUGUCGUUUACAUCAACGUGAUUGAAUAUGCGCUUUCUGCUGGAAAACACUCCGGGACGCGCACAAAGACCUCAAUCACCACGGCAAGCUUGCGCAAACCCAAACGAGUAGUGCCUAUCGCCAUCGACAUGUCUGUCUUACCGCAAGAGGUCCUGAGCGCCCUAUCACAGCUGUUGCAAGGGCUUGGUUCGGCAGACAACAACAUUCGCCAAAAAGCGGAAGAUCAGCUGAGCAAUGAAUGGGCGACUGCGAGGCCAGACGCUCUGUUGAUGGGCUUGGUAGAGCAUAUACAGGGGGAUCCAGAAGCUUCGACACGAUCCUUUGCGGCUGUACUUUUUCGUCGAAUAGCAACCAAAUCGCGUAAGAUUCCCGGCACGGAAGAAUCAAAGGAACUCUUCCUUUCUCUUCCAGGGACACAGCAACAAGCGAUAAGAUCGAAGCUCCUGGAAUGUUUGCAACGCGAGUCUAUUCCUCAAGUCAGACACAAUGUUGAUGAUGCGGUGGCCGAAGUCGCAAGACAAUACGCAGACAAUGACGAACAGUGGCACGAGUUGCUGCAAGCACUCUUUCAAGCUAGUCAAUCCCCAGACACCGGCCAAAGAGAAGGGGCCUUUAGGAUACUCACCUCGACCCCCGGUAUAAUCGAGUCGCAGGAUGAUGGCAUUGUACUGAGUGUAUUCACGAAAGGCUUUAAAGAUGACGAUGCCAAAGUACGGAUCUCGGCCAUGGAGGCAUUCUCCUCCUUCUUCGCCGUGAUAAAUAAAAAGAACCAGAAGAAAUACUAUGCCUUAGUCCCUGAGCUACUGAAUACUUUGCCACCCUUGAAAGAAGCUGGAGAUACGGACAACUUGUCCAAAGCAUUGAUCGCACUUAUUGAGAUUGCCGAAGAGGCUCCGAUGAUGUUCAAGCACUUAUUCCACAAUCUCGUGCAAUUCAGCAUCUCGGUCAUUUCGGACAAGGAACUCACCAAUCAAACGCGUCAAAAUGCGCUCGAGCUCAUGGGCACGUUUGCAGACAGUGCUCCAGCACUAUGCAGAAAAGACCCUUCGUACACAUCGGACAUGGUCACCCAAUGUUUAAGCCUAAUGACAGAUGUUGGAGAGGACGAUGAAGAUGCUGAAGAAUGGAACGCAUCGGAAGAUCUUGACGUUGAGGAAAGCGAUCUAAACCACGUCGCUGGUGAGCAAUGUAUGGAUCGUCUUGCCAACAAGCUGGGUGGUCCUGCUAUUCUUCCGUGUACUUUCACAUGGCUACCGCGAAUGAUUUCAUCUACCGGCUGGCGAGACCGACACGCCGCUCUUAUGGCAAUUUCUGCCAUCUCUGAGGGCUGUCAAGAGCUUAUGGUAGCUGAGCUUGACAAAGUCCUCGAGCUGGUAGUACCCGCUCUAAGAGAUCCACAUUCUCGUGUCCGAUGGGCUGGCUGUAAUGCUCUUGGACAGAUGAGCACUGACUUCGCAGGGACUAUGCAAUCCAAGUAUCACCAGAUUGUAUUACCAAACAUCAUACCUGUCUUGGAUGCCCCCGAACCACGUAUACAGUCGCACGCUGCAGCUGCUCUGGUCAAUUUCUGCGAGGAAGCGGAGAAGGAGAUCUUGGAGCCAUAUCUCGACGAAUUACUCACUCGGCUACUUAAGAUUCUCCAAAGCCCCAAGCGCUAUGUACAGGAACAAGCCUUGUCAACUAUUGCCACUAUAGCCGAUUCCGCCGAGAAUGCCUUCGCGAAGUACUAUGAUACUUUGAUGCCAAUGUUGUUCAACGUCUUACAAGAAGAGCAAUCUAAAGAGCUUAGAUUGCUUAGAGCCAAAGCAAUGGAGUGUGCUACUCUGAUUGCGCUGGCUGUCGGCAGACAGAAAAUGGGAAAUGAUGCGAUCACCCUUGUCCAAAUCUUAGGGCGCGUUCAGCAGAGCAUAGUCGAUGCGGACGACCCGCAAUCUCAAUAUCUUCUCCAUUGUUGGGGUCGAAUGUGCAGGGUUCUAGGCAAAGAAUUUGUGCCAUAUCUUGUUGGUGUCAUGCCGCCUUUGAUGCAGCUUGCCAGCGCCAAGGCAGACCUGCAGCUACUGGAUGAUGACGAGCAAGCAGCAAAGGUCAGCCAAGAUGAGGGCUGGGAAACCGUACCUUUGAAAGGCAAGAUCAUCGGCAUCAAGACAUCCGUGCUUGAGGACAAGCAUAGGGCCAUUGAAUUGAUCUGCAUCUAUGCGCAGAACCUAGAAGCAGCAUUUGAACCUUACGUGGAGGAAAUUAUGAGCAAAGUGUCACUACCAAGCUUAGCAUUCUUCUUCCAUGACCCAACUAGAGUGGCUGCUGCAAAAAGUGUGCCAGUGUUGCUCAAUGCAGUCAAAGAAGGAGCAGGUGAACGUUCACAGAAGCUACAAGACAUUUGGGCGGUGACAGUCGAUAAAUUGCUCGAAGUUCUAACAGCCGAGCCAGCGAUAGAUACCCUCGCAGAGAUGUACCAGUGUUUUUAUGAAUGUUUGGAGAUAGUGGGCAAGAAUUGCUUGACGGCUGAACACAUGGGUGCCUUCAUUGGAGCUGCGAAGGAGACACUUGAAGACUAUCAAACGCGAGUCAAAAAUCGUCAAGAAGAAUGGCAGGAGAUUGAAGAAGGCGAAGAAGAAUCCGAAGAGACCCUUUUCGCCAUAGAAGACGAUCAGACAUUGCUCAGUGACAUGAACAAAGCCUUCCAUACCAUAUUCAAAAACCAGGAGACCUCGUUCCUGCCUGCGUGGGCACGCCUAAGGCCAUUCUACGAUUCCUUCAUCACCAGCAACGAUUCCACUCAACGCCAAUGGGCUCUUUGCAUUAUGGAUGACGUUCUUGAAUUCUGCGGCGAUCAAUCUUGGUCCUAUCAACAACAUAUUCGUCAACCCCUCAUCGACGGUAUGAGAGAUCCAAUUCCGGCUAACCGACAGGCAGCUUGUUAUGGGGUUGGUAUAGCCGCUCAGAAAGGCGGUCAGAACUGGUCUGCCUUUGUCGCUGAAGCUUUGCCGACGCUAUUUCAAGUGACACAAAUGUCGAAUGCUCGAAUGGAUGAUCAUGUAUUCGCAACGGAAAAUGCUUGCGCUGCGAUCGCCAAGAUCAUGCAGACGAACUCUAGCAAAGUUCCGAAUCUCCAAGAAGUUUUGCAACACUGGCUACAAACAUUGCCAGUCGUCAAUGACGAAGAGGCAGCUCCAUACUCUUACAUGUUCCUCGCCUCUCUAAUUGAGCAGUGA